GGGGACACAAGGGACAGAACAACUACUAGUUGGAACAAGGGGAAGAUGUGACAGAGUUGGCAGGUCUGAGAGUGAGUGGAAUACAGUAGAUAGUGGGGACCCUGGGGCCCAAGGAAGGACUGUGGAUAAAGAAGCGAGCAAGAGAUAAGUCCUGGCAUCAGAUACAGUUGGAGAUAAGGACGGACGUGUGGCAGCUCCCGCAGGAGGAUUCACUGGAAGUGCAUUACCUAUCCCAUGGGAGCCAUGGAUUAUACCACUCUGACUACACAGGACCCCCUCCAAAAUUACACAGAGUCAGCUCUUGCGAGCACAUCUGAGGACUCAGAGUUUCUGUAUGGUUUGGGGGGUGAGAACAGCCCGGGUCAUUAUGGAGGGAUUGUGAGCUCCAGAGCAGUGGGGGGAUUCAGACAUUCUCCAGUGCUUCAGACAUUCCCUUUACAUUGGCCGGAAACCAGUGCAGGGAUCCCCCAAAGCCUGACAACAUAUGGGAGAAGCCCAGGAACAUUGCCCUUGUACCCCUCAGCUGCAUCAGCCUUAGGCUCUAUAACUUCUCCUCCUUUGUAUAGUGCUACCCCUUUCUUAUUGGGUUCAGCACCUCUAGCAGAACGUGACGGUAGCCCAAAGUUCCUGGAGACCCUGAAGACAGAGAGGACAAGUCCAUUGACCAGUGAUAUUUUAUCCUUGGAACCAAGAAGCCCCAGUUUGCUCCAGGUUGGGUACCUAGGAGGAGGAGGGCAGGAGUUCAGCCACAGUCUGUUUCAGUCCACAGAAGAUCGUGAGUGUGUGAACUGUGGAGCCACAGUGACUCCAUUGUGGAGACGGGAUCUGAGUGGGCACUACUUGUGCAAUGCCUGUGGCCUGUACCACAAAAUGAAUGGACAGAAUCGUCCACUUAUCCGGCCAAAGAAACGACUGAUCAUAAGUAAGAGAGCUGGAACACAGUGCAGUAACUGCCACACGAGCACCACCACCCUGUGGAGACGGAACGCGAGUGGAGAUCCUGUUUGUAACGCCUGUGGCCUCUACUACAAGCUUCACAAUGUGAACCGUCCCCUGACGAUGAAGAAGGAAGGGAUCCAGACGAGGAACAGAAAGGUGAGCAGCAAGUCCAAAAAGAAGAAGCAACUGGAAAAUCCUUUUGAGCCUCCAAAAACAGGAGUUGAGGAACCAUCUCCAUAUCAAUAUGGACCUCUACUGUUCCAUGGCCAGAUGCCAACUAUGGGACACAUGCUCUCUCCUCCACACCACUUUCUUCAGUCACCACGAAUGUCUCAUUCCACUCCAGCUGUCAGCUAUCGAUAUUCAGCAUCAGGGGUAACGCCCCCCGAGUUAGCAUAAAGGUACACUUUUGAUGGAAAGGCUCACGAGGGUCACCUCCAGGGCUGCCAUCAGAAAUUGCAGGGCCC